UUAGAUACUCUAUCGAGACGUGAUCGAAAUACGGACUCGCCAAUUAAAUACUUUUGCCCUCUCUCAACGUGCGCGUUUCCGUGACUCAUGUGAAAAUUAUUUUCCUAGGGAAAAACUAGGUGAGUCGAUAUGAAUGUGCGCGAUUGAUCUGCUAAUUCUUGUGAUUACUUUCACACUCGCGAUUGGUAUCACUUCAACUGGACCUUCAUUCUGAUCAUUAAAAUUCAGGAAGAUGGAGCUGCUGUCCAAAUAUCUCAUUAUUCUAUUAUGUUUGCACUCAACGAUGGGUCAAUUUGACACAGGCAUGAGUGGAGAUCGACGGGUCAUCGUUCAUUUAUUCGAGUGGCCAUUCAACGCCAUCAAAGAGGAGUGCAAAAUGGUUCUUGGCCCCCAGAAAUUUGGAGGCGUCUUGGUGCAGUCCGUCAAUGAACAUAUACUGAUCAAAAAGGCCGGUAAUAUCAGGAGACCUUGGUACGAAAGAUACCAACCAUUGUCAUGGGAUAUAAUCUCUAGGCUGGGCACGGAGCAACAGUUUAAAGAGAUGGUUGAGGAGUGCAACAAGAACGAUGUGAGGGUGUACGUGGACACUGUUCUCAAUCAUGCAACUGGUUCUAUCUAUGGCGGAAUGGUGGAAGGAGUGGGAGGUACGAGAGCUGACGUAAACCUCAAAUCAUAUCCAGGCCUUGGAUUCAAUCGGGAAAAUUUUCACACGACCUGUCAGAUAAAUUGGAAGGACAAAGUAACGGUGCGGAAUUGUGAGCUAAGCGGUCUGCAGGAUGUGGAUCAAUCACAGGAAUACGUCCGAGGAAAGAUUGUGGAAUACUUGAACAAAUUAAUCUCAUAUGGUGUCGCCGGCUUCCGGGUAGAUGCAGCCAUGCAUAUGUGGCCGAGGGAUUUGCAAGCAAUACACAGUAAAUUGAGAGAUGUGUCUUUGAACGAUGGGAAAACCACUUUUCGACCAACGUGGAUGCUAGAAGUUCACGAUGAGGAUGGCUCCUACCAAGAUGAUUACAAGGACAUCGGAUCCGAGUAUGAAUUUGAGUUUCUAGCAAGAGUAAAGAGGGUUUUCAAGAAAAUGGACUCAUCCCUGGCAAGCAUCUACCAAUACGUCAAGCAGCCACGAUACUUGAGUAAAAAAAGAGUGGCACUGACGUCAAAUCAAGACGAGCAACGUAGGGAAUGGAUCGACCGAUUCUCAAGCGAACCGGAUCGUAGCGGAGUACAGGAGGUUAUGGACGCGUUUAUUUUGACAUUUACAACGGACAUACCUAGCAUCUUCUCAGGCUACAGCUAUACGGAUCAGAACGCAGGACCGCCAAUGAAUGAGGAAACGGAAGAAAUCAAGAACCCUCUAAACUGCUCUGACGGCUGGAUGUGCGAACACAGAUUUAAACCUCUUCAGUGGAUUAUCAAGUUUUUCACCAACUUUGUUCAAGACGCACCGGUAGAGACAUGGUUUAGUGACUGGACAAACGGAUCUCCCCUUCAAGCAGCAUUUAUCAGGGGCCAGAAAGGUUUCGCUGUAUUCAACGCAGACGUGAAGUCGUUAAAACAAACUUUCAAGGUGCCCCUACCCGCGGGCUUGUACUGCGACCUGGCGACGGGCUACUUCUGCCAGCACCACCAGAUGUGCAUGGGCGGACUCAAGCGGAGGGUGGAAGUGAAGGAAGACGGGAGCAUCGAAGUCUCGUUACCGGGGAUGAUCCGGUCGUCGAACAAUUGCACCGCCCCCGCAACCGAGCCACCCUACCUGGCCAUCAGCCUCCAGUCCAAGUACCCGGACCCGGAGACCCCCAACCCCAUCGUGGAGACCAUCGGGUGGAUCGUCCUCGCUGUUGCGGUUGUCGUCGGCGUCGGAGUUGUCACGUGGUUCCUCUGCAGGCAGUCCAAGUCCAACCGAGAAAUCCAACUUGUAGUUUAAUUAAAAUUAUGAUCAAACAAGGCUAAGAAACGAGGAUAGAAAAUUAAAUAGGGCAGUUGCGCUGGUCACAGAAUCGUGUUUUGAUGAAUGAUUCUUGUAGAUCACUGGAAAACAAAACAC